CAAACCCUUCAGUGGCAGCGAUGGAAGUCAGUGGUCACUUCACUACACUGUAAACAAACACUACACCUAAGCUGUGUGAGAUGCCAUGUUUCCACGAUGUCAGGUGAAACCCAGAGAGAUUCAGAAGAGGAUGACAGUGAUGACACUGACAGCGAAUCUAACGGUGCUUCCUCUGUCACCACUUUUUUCAACAGACUCAUUUCAGGCUUUCUCGGAAACUGGAGCUGCCUGCGAAACGUUCACAACAUGUUGAACAUUCCGACCCAAUCGUUCCCUGCGCCGAGCUCCCAGCAGCGAGUCGCUCCGGCCGGCCAGUCCGGGAGGAACAAGGUGGCCUUGAAGCCCGGCCACAGUCUGAUGGACUGGAUUCGGUUUUCCAAAAGUGGAAAAGAUCUGACCGGGCUCAGAGGGCGCCUGAUUGAUGUUACCCAGGAAGAGCUGCAGAAACACAACAGAAGAGAUGACUGCUGGACCUGCAUACGAGGUAUGGUUUACAAUGUGACCCCCUACAUGGACUACCACCCUGGUGGAGAAGAGGAGCUGAUGAAGGCAGCUGGGAUAGAUGGCACUGACCUGUUUGACCAGGUCCAUCGCUGGGUGAACUAUGAGUCCAUGUUGAAAGAGUGCCUGGUGGGCAGGAUGGCUGUUAAGCCAACCACAGCUGUUAAAGCUAUCAUCCCUCCUCCACCACUGACAAGCCUCGCCCCACCUGUCUCAGUGGCUCCUCCCGCAGACAAAGACUCUCGGCCUCGGUACGACUGGUUCCAAACGGAUGUGACUGUUCACCUGGUGGUUUAUGCUAAAAGGAAGAUCCCCAGCUCCGGCUGUACCAUUGUUGACCUCGAGGCGGGUAUUUUAAGACUGGAAGUGCUGCUGGGGAAAAUGUCCUACAUGAUACAUUUACGUCUAGCUGAGGAAGUUGACGAAAGUGUUGCUGUCCACACUGCCUUCUCAGUGGGAAAGAUUCAGGUCACCAUACGCAAACAGGGUAAACGGAAAUGGACGAGUCUUGGUCAACCACUGGAAUUUCACAAUACAUUUCUACGCAAAAAAGAUAGAGCUCUCCACUAUCGGGAUUGUGUGUUAGUGUCUAAGACUGAAGUGAACCAUAACACCUACGUGUUCAGAUUACAAUUUCCACGUGGGACUGUAAGGCAUGUACCUGUUGGAAAACAUGUCUACCUCAAGGCCCUCAUUCAAGACACUGAGGUGGUGAGGCCUUAUACUCCAGUAGAUGAGAGCCUGGUAGCUGCCUCCCAACACUCCUCACAGGAAUCAGAUCUCUACCUCAUGAUCAAAGUUUACCCUGAUGGGGUGUUGACCCCACAUCUCAGCAACCUGCACAUCGGUGACCAUAUAUCUGUUAGUGGUCCAGAGGGUACCUUCAGUCUCCGCCCCCUUCGUGAGGUUGCAUACCUCUACCUUUUAGCAGCAGGCACAGGGUUCACGCCCAUGGCCCGCCUCAUCCGACUGGCUGUACAGGACAGUGACACCAUCAGAAAAACCAAGCUGCUCUUUUUUAACCGGCGAGAAGAGGACAUUCUGUGGCGCUGUCAGCUGGAUGAGCUGGCUGCUAAUAAUGAGAGGUUUCAGGUGGAGUACGUCCUCUCUGAGCCCUGUGAAAGCUGGACUGGCAGGAAAGGUCGGGUGGAUGAGUCUAUGCUCAAGGAUUUCCUCAACAGGCCAGAUGGGUCUAAAUGCUAUAUGUGUGUGUGCGGCCCCACUGCCUUUACAGAGCUAACAAUAGGGUUGUUGAAGCAGCAGGGCUUCAGUGAAGAGGAACUCCAUGCCUUCCAGGGCUGAUGAACUCUGCCUCAACCCAGCUCCAACGUUGCAAAGAUUGUGUGUGCCUGUGAGUGAGUGAGUGUGAGUGAGUGAGUGUGAGUGUGUGUAUGUGUGUGUGUGUGUGUGAGAGAGAGAGACAGUCGAUUUUUAAUUUAUGUGAUUGUGAGAAAUGAAAGGAAAAAUUGUAUUUCUAUGCACCAACGACCUGAUGAUGCUGACAGCCGACAACACACCCAAGGCUUUGAUAGGCUGUGAAGAAAAUCACAAAACCACAGUGCAGUAGGAUUCUUGUGAUUCUGGACAGUUUGGUCAAUGUCUGGAACAAAGUUUAUAGAGUUCUUGAAACCUAUUGUAAAGGUGUGUAAAAUAAAAGCAGUAAACUAUA